UGAGGGGAAACUUAAUAUCUCUCCAUAUCGAGCCCAAGUGUGUCUAUCAAUUAUCAGUUAGAAUCGAGAGCAGGACGAUUUCUGAAUCUGUUCCUCCUUGUUCACCAAACUGUUCAGUUUUUCUGUUUUGGUUUUACUAAACGCAAAUUGGAUUAAAUUACGCAUUGCACCUUUAAGAAGCUGUCAGCAGGAUUAGAGUUACGCACAGCGAGCCAAGUGUCCCUCUGAAGGGGUUUUACGCACCGUCGGCAUCCAGAAGAGGCACAACUUAAGCCGCACUUCUCCUUCUUCGCUGGUCCUGACACCAAAGGGGAGUCCCACGCGCGACAUGGCCGAGAUAGGGAAAGGGGUCACCGCCGGGAAACUGGCCAUCAACGUCCAGAAGAGGCUUACCAGAGCGCAGGAGAAGGUCUUGCAGAAGCUUGGCAAAGCAGAUGAGACCCGAGAUGUUGUCUUUGAGGAGAUGGUGGCCAACUUCAACAAGCAGAUGGGAGAAGGCACCAAACUGCAGAAGGACCUGAAAGCGUACCUGGCAGCAGUGAAAACCAUGCAUGACGCGUCGCGGCGGUUGCAGGACUGUCUGGCGGACAUGUACGAACCGGACUGGUUUGGCAAAGAGGAGAUGGACGCGUUGGCUGAGGAUACAGACACAAUGUGGUUGGAUUACCAUCAGAGCAUCACGGACAAAUCUCUGCAGAACAUGGAUAUGUACCUGUCUCAGUUUCCUGACAUCAAGGCUCGUAUAGCAAAGCGCGACAGGAAGUUGGUGGACUUUGACAGCGCACGCCAUCACUUCACCUCCUUGCAGAAAGGCAAAAAGAAGGAUGAGGCCAAGAUCGCCAAGGCGGAGGAGGAUUUGGGCCGAGCUCAGAAAAUUUUUGAGGAGCUGAAUGUGGAGUUACAGGACGAGCUUCCGGCACUCUGGGACAGGCGUGUUGGCGUCUAUGUUAACACAUUCCAGAGCCUGGCAGGUCAUCGGGAGAAGUUCCACAAAGAAAUGAGCAAACUCAGUGAAAACCUGAAUGACAUCAUGACCAAACUGGAGGAGCAGAGGCAAAUCAAAAAAGGUGCUACUGCAGCGUCAAAGACAGAAGACUGUGCAAAGAGUGAGGGAGCCAACCACAGUGAGUCGGCCAGCUCAGCACCAAAGUUGGUCCAGAGUGCGGUGACCAAUGGCUCAGAUGGCGAACUCCCUCCAGGGUUCCUCUACAAGGUGAAAGCGGUACACGACUAUGCUGCUACUGAUGGUGAUGAGCUGGAACUGAAGAUGGGAGACCUGGUGUUGGUUUUGGCCUUUGACAACCCAGAUGAACAGGAUGAUGGCUGGCUCAUGGGCUUGAAGGAGUCUCACUGGUUUCAGAAGAAAGAUAUUUCAGCCAAAGGCGUUUUCCCCGAAAACUUCACCCAGAGGGUUUGAGGUUUACGCCACAUGCAAAGUCUGCUAUUCAUACAAUUUCCUCGGAUAUCUUAUCUGAGACAGAAGAAGUCAUAUCAUCUUUACGUAUCUACCUACACACCAAAAUGUAUUAACAAAACAUGAUUGGGUGCAAAAGUGUGUAUUUAAAAAAUGAAUAUAUGUUAAAAGAUGAUGAAGAAUUAGGCUUUAUCCUUUAUUGUGACUGUUUGGUAAACGAUGUGCUAACAUCUCAAUCGAAAUGUUGUCCUGAAAUUUCUUUUUGUUUUGAUUUUUAACUUACUGAUUUCUUCUACUUUCGGUGAAUCCAAACAAAACACAAAGUGGUUAAGUAAGUUAACAUAAGUCAUGGAUGUACUGUACGGAUGUCAAAAUGUUUUCUUGUUUUUGGAAAAGUAUGUUUUUAAAACAUACUCCCUUGCAUGAAGUGUUUCUUUGUAUUUUCAUUUUGUUUGUAAUACAGCAAACACUGUGACACCAGGCGGGACCCUCCUCUGUGAAAACAAGGCUGUGAUUAUUCUAAAGUUACAGGAGUCCUCAAAUAGAGCCCUGGAGAACACCACAAAGUUUAUUUGCAGGGUUUCUGUCUUGCCUUGUCAAAAUCUGUUUCAGUUUCUUGAGCUUGUAGGAUUUUCAAAGGGAACAGUAGCUUUUAAUUUAUAUUACUGGCCAUUUUGAGGACAUGAGAUGACGUGAAGCUUACAUUUUCUAAUUCCCACAUGGUUUUGUUUUGAUUUUUUUUCUCUCUUCAAUGAUGAAUGAAAUGGUGAACCUUGCUAUCAAACUCGGCUGUUUUUGUUUUUUUCCCUUAAUGACACUUUUUUUUUUUCCAUAUAAAUUUGAUUCUGAAUGUCUGUGCUAUCCGGACUUCACUUUUUUGCUGCUUAAGCACGUUUUCAUCUUUUUUGAAGUAUAAAUAAGGAUUUAAUGUCACACUUUGUGUCCAUGGAGUUCACAGAAAACUGAAAGUGAAAGAUUUAAAGUUUGAAAACUCUGAGCCUUUCAGAAAUCUGUGCAAAAGAUAUUUUUACACUGUGGAAUAAAUAAGGAACAUUUAAUAAUGCAGCAUUUGAAGGACGGAAUCAUCUUUAUUAAAGGCCAAUUAAACAA